AUGAUAGGAAAUACCCAGGCAAUUGGGGAGCCACUCCCAACCUCAAAAUGUGUUCAAAUUGAGGAAGGGACUGCUAUUAUAUUGUCAGACAAGGUAGUUGACAAGAUAAUGUCUUCAAUGACGUUCACAUUGGUGAGCAAGUUCUUCUCCUUUCGACCUUCAGUUGAUAUGGUGAGAAAAUGGGCUGCUACUAAAUGGAAACUCAAAGGGAGUGUCAUGAUUAGUGCUAUGCCAAGAGCAUUAUUCCUUUUCAAAUUUACUUUGAAGGAAGAUAUGGUUUUGAUCCUUUCUGGGUAUUGGACCUAUGGCAAACACCAUCUCUCCCUUUGCAAAUGGAAGCCGAGAUUUGACCCUGUUGCAGAUCUCAACAAAUUUGCUCUAGUCUGGGAUGAGAUGAUUUUCUGCUGGAUUGCCAACACCUUUGGCCAUUUUGUGGUGGUAGAUGAAGUGACCAGAACCAAAUCCAGGUUAGUUUUUGUCUGUUUUUGUGUUUUGGUUGCAGUUAAUAAGAACUUGCCAAAUUUUAUUACCCUCAAUUCUAAGUUGGGAAGAUGGACUCAAGCUAUUGUCUAUGAGAAUGCUACAACCUUUUUCCAGAGAUUCUCUAAAUAUGGCCAUGUUGUUUCCAACUGCAAAAUGGUGCCUGAGCAGCCCCAAAAGUAG